AUACAUGAAAAAGGUGCAGCCAAAAUAUUUUCAUUUGAUUUUCUUUUUGGCAUUUGUCAGCGAGAAAACACGGUGUUUAUACCUUGAAAAUUAAACGAAACGGUGUGCGCGGUGUUGAUUUUCUUUUUUUUUAAAUUGCUUAAAUAAAUAAUUAAAAAUAAAAAAUACGACAAAUGACUUAUGCAAAUGAUUUCGACAGUGUUUUAAAUUUCUUAUUAAGAAUAUUGAAAGACACAAACAAACACACACAUCUCAUUUAGUAUUGAAAUAAAAAAAAUAUAUCAAAACAAAAAACGAGAGUCCCUAUUAUUUUAACGAUUUAUCAACGAUUUGAUUAGUAGCAAAUCGAUCGAUUAACACGAAACAACUACGAACUUUCUUUUUUUUUUUUUGCUUUAAAUUGUUUGAUCAAUUUUUCAUUUUAUUUUGCUUGAUAUUGUCGAAAAUAAAAUUAAACGCAAAGUGGUCGUCGUUGUCUGCCUACCAGCCACCCAGCCAGCCAGCCAAUUCAUUCAGUAUUUGAGUAGCUGCUUGAAAAAAAACACAUACAAAUUUCGCCUAGACCUUGAAAAAUCUCCAGAAUUUUUUUCAAAUACAAAAUUCAAUAGUACAAAAAAAAGAAAACAUUAAAAUUAUGUUAAUUAAAAAAAUAUUUUUGACAGUGUAAGAAAUGAGCCGUUAAAUGCUAAUUGAUUGCAUUAAAAAAAUGUAUAAUUUUUGGUGAAUUACACAAUCGUGGUGAAUUUUAUAUAAUAUUGAAAUUGAAAUAAAGCAAAAUAUUAAAAAGAAAUAUUUAAAAAUUCUCAAAACAGUGUAUUUGAAACACUCAAAUGUAAACAGUUUUGUAACGCAAAAAGCUCGGUUAAUUUUAGUUUAAUAAUUUUAAAACAGUUUAACUAAAAUUCUUACUAAACAAAAAGUGAAUUCGAUUACGCAAGUGAGAUUUGCAUAGAAGAAAAACGAAAAAAUACAUUUUCAAAUGUUUUAUUUUUCUCAUUACGCGUUAAAAAUUUCAAAUCAAAUCGCACAUCUACAACUGCAGCAAUAAUUUGCAAAUCAAAAGAAGAAAAAAGCAACACACUUUCACACAAAAUCAAUCGAAACGGAACGAGAACAAUUUUACACACACAAAGUGCACGAAAAUGGGUGAAUUAUUUGCAGAAUUUGGUGAUUUAGUAUUUACACUGGUCAUUGGCUAUAUAAGUGCCAUUGAAUUUUUAUAUGUCGUACGUCAUCUGUAUCACUACUCAUUCAAUCAUGACGCUGACGGUUAUGACACGGACGGCGACAAUGUGUCACAACUGCAAGACAGCAUGCGCCGCCAGCUGGCCGAUGCCAAAAACAAAGAAGCCCUGGCUGGAACACAAGUAAUGAAAGAUGGUGUUCCCUAUAAGGAUGGUUUCCGCUUGGAGGCCCAACAAACUCUGAUAGACCAACUGAAAGAGCAGUUGAAGGACAAGGAAUUAUCCGAUUUAAGGCGUCAGGAGUUGGAGAAGGAAUUGGCUAAACAAAUGAAAAUAGCCGAGCAAUUGCGUAAGGAACUGGCUGAAGCUGAGGCUAAAUAUGAGCGCCAGCUUAAGCAGGAAGCAGCGGAAAAGGCUAAAAAGUUGUUAGAGGAACAACAGAAACGUGAGAAAGAAGAGCGGGCCAAAAAGGAAGCUGAAGAACAGGCACGCAAAUUGCUGGAGGCCGAAAAGCAAAAAGAGGCGGAACAACGUAAACGUGAAGAGGAAGAACGUAUGAAAAAAGAGACCGAACAAAAAGAGAAAGAGAAACGACAGCGCGAAGAACAAGAGCGCCGAGAAGCCGAAGAACAGGCACGUAAAUUGGCGGAACAAGAAAAACAAAAGGAGGCCGAACAAAGGCAACGUGAGGAGGCUGAGGAAAGUGCUCGCAAACUAGCAGAAGCGGAAAAACAAAGAGAGGCCGAACAAAGGCAACGUGAGGAAGAAGAAGAACGAGAACGUGUUCGUUUAGAAGCUGAAGAAAAUGCCCGCAAAAUACAAGAAGCCGAAAAGCAAAGAGAAAAAGAACAACGACAACGUGAAGAGCAGGAGGAACAAGAAGAAAAUGAACGACGCCUGCUGGCCAUCGAAAAAGCCAAUGAAGAAAAACAAGCUGCCGAAGAAGCAGAGGCUGCUGCUAGAAAACUUCUUGACAUCGAACACCGCUUGGAAGAACAGCUGAGAGCAGCCGAAAAAGAAGCCGAACUCACCGAAAAAGAACGACAACUCAUAGAGUCCAUUAAGAAACGUGAUCUUCCGCAGGAUGAAGGUAAUGAACAAAAAGAAGCAGAACUUUUAAGAAAAAUCCUAGAAGCCCGCGAGCAAUUGGGUGAGGAAUCGGAGGAGGAGCAAAGUCUUAGGCUAAUACAACGCGAACGUGAUCAGGAAGCCAAACAAAAGCGCAUCGAAGAAAAUGCCUUACUGUUUAUGGAGGCCGAAAAGGAAAUGGCCGAGAUACAGGCCAAAAUGUUGGAUGCCGUGGAAAAAAGAGAAUUUGCCACAACACUAGAUAGUGCUCCUCAAACGCCAGCCAUAGAAGAGCCCUGCAUAAAAAGAACUUUGUCACCUCUAAUGGAUGGAGAGUCUGUGCAUCAUACCGUCAAGACACAAUUGGCCCAGAAGGAUAUGGAUGAACCCUAUUCGGUUAGCAGCAAAACUUUACUAUUUCCGGGCGUUUCAGAUGAUGCCUCGUCCAUAGAUCCCGCCUCCAGUCAACAGUCCUCGUUUAGUACACAGCAUUCGGAGGAAAUAACCACGGGUACUGACUCACAAUAUCCCCAGCAAGAGCGUCAAGAGCCCGAUGGUGAGGAUACCGCUUUAACUAACCUCCAAUACUCUGAUGAUUAUUUACGUUCCCUAGAUGGCAUUAAGCAACGACCACUUGUGCGCGAAGACGGCUCUGGACGUCGGCGUGCCUUUAAAAAGCGUCGCUCCAGUAACAGUUCAAAUUCAUCGCGUGAAUCGCGUCACUCACGUGACGAAGAAUUGAAAAUGUUUACCUCGCUGGAGGAAGAGGAGAUGAAAGACACCGCUGAUUCAGAAUUUACACCCAUACGCUAUACCAAUGAGCCCACUUUGAAAGUAAAGGGUCACCAUCGACGCCACAAACGUAGUCCCGCCAAAGAUGCAAAACACGCUGAUGACAGUUUACGCAGUUCGCUGGAACGUUUGGGUGAGGAGACAAGCGAUCCUUGGGGCGAAGUUAAGCCAGAACAUUAUAAACAAACUGAAUUCUGGAGAAGAGAGAAAAAUGUGUCCAUAGAUGAGGAGAUGGAAUUUGAAAAGCCAACUUCUAGUGAAGAUGUGGCCUAUGAUACAGCCACCAAUAUGCCAAGUGCUUCAUCUUUUGAGGAAGCUACUCGAAUGCAGAAUGAAGAGGCUUUGACGGCGUUGCAGAAACAUUCGGCUAGUUGGACUGCAAGGGAAGGAGAAUCGGAUGACAAAGCUACUGCUAAAGAAGAAACGGCACGAAGUGACAAUACAAAUCUUCAAACCUCCCAAACAGCGGAGAGAGAAGCUUCACCAGCACGAUCCUCUGCUUCGCCACGCUUACGACGUAGCCCACGCAUAGAAGAAAUCGAUCAAUACGAAGAACGCUGGAAAGAAACCAACAAUACUACGAAUAAAAGUACUCCCAACACAGCGCUAAAUACACCUACCAUAAGCGUACAUACCCCUUUGGAUUAUGGACCAUGGCGUGAUGAACAUGGUCUGAUAAUGGAAGGUUUAAGUGAUUUUUACGAUUUUACAGCUUCAGUGAAUCCCUCAAGAUCUAGACCCACUUCUAGAAAUCCUUCGCCUGCUAAUACCGCACCCAAUACACCGUUGCCCAAAGAUGUGUCUUAUGAAUUGUUAAAUUCAAAUAAGGAAAUUAAAGAAAAAACUUCUGUGGAAAUAUAUGAUGACACUGGCGACUUGGAGAGUAAUGAGUUUAAAAAGGAAAAUAUUAUUAAAUUCAUAGACUCUAUUAAUGGUAAUGAAGAGAGUAUAGAAAAUGAUGAAGUCAAGGAAGAAGAUGUAUCCAUGGAAGCUGAAGUUGAUUUAAACCACCAACUGCAAUAUGUGGCUGAUGAUGCAAACCGGUUAGGCACUAAUCAAGCUAGUUUGGUGCCUCUAGUUAAUAUAAUAGAUGAUGUAGCUGCCGCAGCUAAUCCUUCAGACACAGAUGUAACUGAAUCCACUGAUAGCGAUAUGAAUGCCUUGGUUAGCAGCUUAAGGUUACAGCAAGCUGGUAGAUCACGCUCACGUUCCAAAUCUCCCUUGCCUACACCCGGCAAUUUACAGCGUAGUUUGGAAAAUAGACGCUAUAAAAUGAUCAAACACAAUGAGGAUAUUUUAGAAAAACUAAUCGAAACUAAACUAUUGCCCGAAUUAACGCCUGAAGAAGAAUUAGCUCAACAAACUAAUACACAACAACAAAAUCCAAUUAUAACCACUACUACUACAAUUGAGGAAGACAAUGACAAUAGCUCUCGAGAACAAAUGGAUUCUCUGGUACAAUCUUUGCGAGUAGAUAGAGGCAGAACUAGAUCCAAAAGUCCUAUGCGUCUGCCCACAGCUGAUAAUUUGAGUAAAGGCUUGGAAAAGCGUCGUAGUAAAUUAAUAGAACGUAAUGAUGAAUUCAUAAAACAACUGGAAGAACGGCCCCAAACCCCUGAUUCUCCAACUAUAACGGUGGAAUAUGUUUAUGAAAUAGAAGGUUCGGAGGAGACAAACAUUGUUAAUGUCAGCACACCAACCAUAUCCAUUGAAUCACCUCAAAAUGAAGCAUCUGUGUCAACUCCAGAAGAAGAUGAUGACUGCUCCAGGGAAAAAAUGAAUUUAUUGGUGCAAUCCUUAAGGGCAGCUCGUAGCAGAUCGAAAAGUCCCAUGCCUGUUACAAUGACAGAAAAUGUCAGUCAAACAAUUGAAUCUACUCGCUAUUAUCAAUUUCAACAUACUGAGGAAAUGAAUGCCGAGCAACACUCCGCAAUUUUAAAUGCUCCCAGCAUAUCUAUUGACUUUGCGGAAACCGAAUCAAGAGCAUCACCAAAAGCGGCAGAUGAAGAUUGUUCCCGGGAACAAAUGGAUUUAUUAGUACAAUCUCUUCGCGUAGCUAGAAGUAGAUCCACAUCCAAGAGUCCCAUGCGUUUGCCUGCAACAGACAUGGCACAGAGAGCUAAAACGCCCGAACCAUCUGAUCUAACGGUGGAAUAUGUUUAUGAAUUUGAGAAAUCCGAAGAAACAGAACUUCAAGGCAACCGAGACAGACAUUCAAGAUCCAGGACUCCCUCACGUUCACACUCCAGAUCUCGAUCACAUUCAUUGCCGCCCCGACCUGACGAAAUAGAACUCGCAGCAUAUCGCUCCAAUACACCAUCUAGAUCCGUAUCACCCCAACCCGAGGAGUAUGACGAGUUCCAUGUUUUGCUUAAUUUGGAAGGUUCUGAAAAUAAAACGCUUGCAAUUAGCUCGGAAGAACAUGAGUCAUUGAUUGUAGCUAAUCGCCAAAAACAAUUAGAUGAAGAAGCUUUAGAAAAAUUGAAAUACGCCUCGGAAGAAAUGGAAUUAAGAACAUUGUCUCCUCUAAUCUUAGAUAAUGAUGAACUUACUGAGGAACAAGGUCAAGAUUUGUUGGCUGAUUUGCCUUUAACCGAAAGAGCCAAAUUGUUGAGGAAAUCUCCCACCACACCGGACUAUGAUCGCACUAUUUCCGAGGAAAUGCUGGAUAUAGAACGUAUUAAACAGGAAAGGCUGGAGAAGGGAUUUAAACGCUCCACCUAUGUGGGAGAGUCCAUGGAUUUGGGUAGUGAAUUUGAGACCUUGAGAAGGGAAGCAGCACAUUUCCAACGUUCUCAAAGUCCAUCGCCUUCUUCCUCGACCAUUGAUUCUAAAACGGCUAGCAAGGCGGCAGAAGAAAAACGUAAACUUCAGGAUUUAAUAUUGCAAGAAUUAACCACUACCUCAAGCAGCAGCAGCAGUAGUAGCCAUGAAUCCAAAGAAGCUAAAAGCACAGGUGCUAUACCUAAAACCGAACGUUUAAGUUCCUGUGAAAUAGAGCUAACAUUAACCAAUGAAAUCGAGGAUACUAUACGCAUUAAGGAGGAAAUGUUAAGCAGUAGUUUCCAAAGUUCUACACAAGUUGUUCAAACAGUAGAUAAAACCGAGGAAUUUGAAGAAAUGCGUCGCAGAAACGCUGAAUUUAGAAGAUCAGGCAGUGCAAGUCGCUCUCCUUUGCAGGAAUCUCAACUCCAAGAAUUGGCCGGCAUUGAGCAGGAGGUUGCAAAACGUGAAUUAAAAGACAAAGUUCUGCAUGAAGUGGCUUGUUCCUCCAUGAAUUUUCAAGAUUUCUCCCGUCAUUUAAAUGCUAAUUUCUUUGAUCAAGAACGCAGAGCCUCUGAUUCAGCUUUGAUACAAAAACCAGAGGUUUUUGUGCAAGAGGAUUCAGAUUUAGACCCAGAAGAAUAUCAUCACUUUCGUAGAUUUUCUUUGGCCCAAGAGCAGCCAGUAGAACAAUAUCCUACUGAUGAUUAUAUUUUCAUAGAAGAAGUAGAGGUGAGAACCAGAAGUGGUUCUCGUACAUGGCUUAGAGAAGAUUUCUAUAGUGAGGAAGUUGAUAAAUAUCUAGCAAAGGGUGAACAGUCAGCGGAAGUGGAAACUGCGGAGUCGACAGGAAGUGAUCAUAUUGAAAUAGAGGAAAAUAUUGCACCAGCUGAUGAAGAUGAAGAAUACUCCAAUGCUAGUGAUGAUGAUAGACAAACAGUUGUUGAAGUGGAUGAUGAAAUUGAUGAGGAUAUUUCCGAUUUCAAUGAACGUGGUCCAGCAGAAGAGUCCCAUCACGAAACCUCCGAAUGUGAGGAGGCUGAACGUGAAAUGGAUCGUUAUGCAGGUCGAGAAGCCAGUGAUUGGAAUCGUGUGGUAGAUGUUAACGAUAUAUUUAUUAACGAAAAUCCCUCAAAUGAACUUGUUCAUAGCGAGGAGGACGAGGGAGCCGUGGGCGGUUUAAGUAAUUCACCCUAUGACUCGGAUUCUUUUGCCAUUGAUCAAAUUUAUGAUGAGGCUAUUAAAAAUCGCAAACAGUCUGGUAUUCUAAGGGAAUUUGACAGUAUUUUGAGUCAAAUGUCCGUGAGCAGUGACAUCGACGAACAGUAUCUGCUGUGGUCUAAGACCCAGGCUAAAAGAAAACCCAAAAAUAUAGAAUUUAAUACACAAUUCCUGGAUAAUGAACGUAAGGAAACGGAAAUGCGUUAUUUGGGCGAUGCUAAUGUUACGGCACGUCAAUCAGUUCGUUUACGCUCUCGUUAUGGUUACAGUCCGGUAUUGCAGGCCAAGUGUAUUGAGGAUGAUGUAGAGGUGGAUUUGAAUUAUAAACCAAAGAAGGAAUAUAACUGGCGCAAAAAUUUCAAGCUGGACGAGGACGAGGAUGUAAAGGAAGAUAGGGAAGUUACUUUGGCGGAUUUGGAUGGCGAAGAAAAGAAUCAAGAUGAUGAAGAUAAAGAUAAAGCCGAGAAACAAUGGGAAGAAUUUAAUGAUAAUGAGGAGCAAGAUAAUAUGAAGAUAGAUGUACGUAAAUACAGUAUAGGAGGAGAGAGUGUUACACUGUUUAGUCGCAGUCCCGAGAGAGAAGCCAUCUGUACGGAGCAGCAAUAUGCCGAUAUUGAGGAACCCGAAAAUGAGAUUUUAAAGAAGGAAGACGUUCAAGAGGAAAAGGUGGAGAAACCUAAGAAAAAGAAAACCAAAAAGAAAUUACAUAAGGAAACCAAAGACAGCCUAGAGGAAACCAUGAAUAGAGAAGAUGAAGAUGUUUACGAUCAUGAGCUGUACAAUCGCCGCAGCAGUAGUAUACAAAUGGAAACGGAUUCCCCCAAACGCAAAUCACGUUCAAGACGCAGUUCCAGAAGUAGCGUUACAAAUGAAGAUUCUUUGGGGCUGUUUUCACCGCGCAGCAGUGUGGGUUAUGCUGAGCCUAUAGGCGAUAUAAUGGAAGAAUUUACGGACAUGGCAAAAGAAACGGCCAGACCCAAGAAAAUGAAAAAACGCAAGAAGGUUAAGGAAACUAUGGCCAAUGUGGCCGAAAGUCCCAUUGAAAACAAAGAGGAGGAGUUGCAAUAUAAUACAGAGCCCUUAAACGAUAUACCAGCCGUUUCCACUGUCAUAACACCAGAGUCAUCGUGUGCUAAUAUACUCUCCACUCUCAGUCCUCAGAAUAGUGUUUGUGUAACACCGGCCUCCAUAGAUAGCAAUAUAAAUCUAUCUGUAGAGGAGUUAAGGCAGGAUUCUAAAGAGGAAAUCAAUAAUAUAACUAGUUCCUCAACAACAGCUAGUAGUCCCUCCGCGAAUUUAUCAAGAACUUCAUCAAUAGUUACUACGCCUGUGGAUACGUUUGAUAUACUAAAGGAUGCCAAUUUCUAUCCACUGUUCUAGGACACUUAACAGUAAAAUACAUGUUCAUGAAAUUUAAACAAAAUAUAGAAAAAAAAAACAAAUAUUCCCAAGUAGCAAAAUUGCACAAAUAUAUAUAUAUUUUGUUUGUUCGUUUUACGCUUCCCGACCGUCCGUCCCAUCCUGCCCGCAUUGUGCCAUCAGAAUCUGCACUUGAGAGCAAAAAAAAAAUCAUCGCAAAAAACAACAACUAUCAUCACCAAAACAAAACAACAACACGACACAUGCUUCGAUCGAAAAAAGAAAGACACAAAUUUUGCUCAAGUGUGGAACCAAACAAGCGUCAAGGUUUCAUCUCCUUGAAAAGUUUCUACGCGUACUAGAGAGCAAUAUAUUGUAUUCAAAUGUUUAUGAAUGAAUUGAAUUUAUGUUUUAUAUUGCAACAAAUAUAUAGUAUAAAUAAAUAAAUAAAUAUUUGCUCAUGUAAAGAACACAAAACAAAUUGUAUGUAGCCAGUUGAAUUUUAGUACUUUAGUUUAAUUAAAUAACUCUUUUUUUUUUUGCAAAUUUUCUUAAAUAAAUUAUUUUUAUUAAAAAAAAAAGUAUAA